CAGGGAAGGGGAUUAGUAACUGUUUUCUAGGGUUUCUAUUGUACGGAUUUAUUUUAAGCGAACAAAUUUUAUCAAUGGAUCUGAUCAUGGGCGACGGUGAUUCGGUGGCUUUGGAGUCACCUUCUUUGGAGAAGCAAGCAGUUGAUGUCGACGUAGAUGAGGAAGGCAGCGGUGGCUUAGAACCGAAGCUACCGAAGCGGAAGGCGGAGGACGACGGCGAGGAAGAUAAAGGUGAAGACGAAGAGGAAGACGGCAACGACAAUGACGACGAAGACGACACUUGGAGCUUAGGUUUAGGUGAUUAUGAAGGCAGUGAACAGCAGGAGAAGGACUUCAAUAAAUACCUGGAGGAGUGUAACGCAUCUGAUUGUUUUGAUGUGGAAACUAUCCCCCAGGGGAAACACUUCAUGGGUAUGCUUUCAAGGGUUAAAAUUGACGACGAUGACGACUUUUUUAGCAAACACUGCAAGCAAACUGUUCAGCUUGUUAUUGACCAACAGAACAAUGAAAAUGGCAUGGACUUGGAACUUGUGAAAGUUACUAAGGCAAAUAGAGAAUCAUCUACAUUCUAUUACGCAACUUUUGAGGCUAGAAACAGAACUUCUGGAGAGUUGGAGACUUAUCAAACUAGCGUCUUCCACUGCUUUAUUGAUGGUGAGCUUAAGGUUUAUAUCUUCAGGCUGAAAGAAACAGGAGAUGGACAAGGUAACCAGUAGCUGAUUGGAAAUGGGUUAUGCUAAAUUGGGUGAUAAUUGGGGAGGGGAUGAUGGUGUAAUUGUAAAUGAAGCAUUGCUGCUAAGAUUUAAAGCUCUUCUCUGUGCUUUCUUGUUCGUUGCUAAUUUUAGUUUUGGUUUCUAAUAAGAAUAUCUAAAUUUAUCCAAAGUUAUUAAUUUUAAAAAAGAUAUAAAUA